AGGAGGUGAAUGAUUUAUUUACACCCCGGCGCAGCUAGUAUGGAAAAGGAUAAGGAAUCAACACUUUGAAAAAGGUUUUGUUGUCGAGCCUGUGCAGCGUUCUCGCUCCAUCUUGAUCACAAUUUCAUCUGAUAAAAUCAAGAUGUCCGGCUGGAUGAAGAAAAUGAAGCCUUUUGACUUCUGCCUGUUCGCCGCUCUAUUGGUGUCCCUUCUCGACGUCGUCCACCGGGCAUCGUCGCAAAAGGUAGAAGUGGCGAGGACCUCCGCGUUGGCUGUGGUGCACGAGGAGAAGUACGAGGACCAUCGAGAUGAGUCUACGACUCUCGGGCUUCUACCCCAGAACAAGAUUUCACGACACGAGGAGCAGACGCUGAGUGAAAGUAAAGCCAAAGGAGCCACAUCGACUGGUGCAGCUCAACAUAGUGCCGCCGCGCGACCGGCAAGUAGUACAAGUUUUACCUCACUUGCAACGACGGCAGCGAAGAAGACGUCUUCUUUCUCUACUUCAUCCAGAAAGAACAAUAUGGAAGUGUCAUGAUUGAAAUCGUCAAAGUCGAAAUAAAAUGUAGGGCACGUAUGGCCUGUGUUGGGGAGCAGGCAAAAGAAAGCGACUGCGAGCCUGUUUAGGGGAAGGAGAUGCGCUGCCAGAGUAGCAUGACAGGAGCAGUCUUCUUUGCCCAAACAGCAUUACAAAAUGGAUUUUGGUGCUCCCGAAAUCUGUCAUGCGCCACUUGGCAACUGAGGAUCCAAGUGGUAUCGAUUUUAUGCAUCACAAAUUAUUUCGAUUUUGCUGAUUUCGAUCCUGACGCUUCCAUAAACAACCAGAAGUGUGUCCAAGUCCUGCGGAACGACAUCGCGGACCGCGUUAUCAAAGUGCUCGUGCUGGCCGCGAAUCUGCUGCGUGCGGGGGAGCAGGAGAAAUCCAUGAUCGACGCAUUGAUUCGCGUAUCACAAGGAAAAAUCCCCUCUCCCCAUAUCAAAACGAAAUUUCUGAUGCUGGAUUUGGAUACACAAAUCAAAUUUGUGUUGCAGGAGAGUACUUCUGCACGCAGAUCCUAAACCUAGGCACUACGGGCCUUUUGGUGUAGUUGUAGGGGACUAGCAAGCAUGGUACUAGACGGCUGGGCCCCUGUAGGCCUUACAGCAUUACAAAUCGCCUGCAUAACGUGGCGGAAAGGAAGCCUGAAUGGGCCUCCUUGCAAGACAGACCCGAUUCGUGACCGCAAUAAAUCUGUGUCGCAAAUUUUCAGACGGAUCACGCGCUUCCAAUAUUAUGGGGAGGGGGCAUUUUUCCUUGCAAUAUCGCGCUUUGAUUCACCUUCCGGCCGGGACAAGGCUGCAGCUGGGCGCGGGCGCGGUGGUGUUUCUGGAGAACGGGAAGGUGGACUACAACAAGUAUUCAUCGCGGCCGCGGGCUCUUUCAUCUAGAAGUGAAAACUCGCCUUCUUCGCUGCUAGAUCUGGAUUUGAUCUCGACGUGGUCACCUGUACUACAACCUGCUAAAGGCGUCUUCAAAGAAGCAGGGCCGGAGGACGAGUUCAAUAGCGAUCAUCUGCAGGUCGAGCAAGAUGGUAAAAACUCGAGUGCGUCGUCUAGUACCUCAUUGUUUUCACUACUGCAACUGGGGCUAGCGGAAAAGGAGAAGCAGCUACAGGAACUGGAACUACACGCCAGCUCAACUGCUUCGCAUCUGCAAGGUCAACAACUAGUACACAACAAAGAGAUCAUGAAAUCCGAAGAACAUCACCAUCACCACCACAACCAGCAUCAUCUUCAUCCGCAGUCACAAAUCCAGACGAAAAUGAAGUACGAUAUGACCUGCUCAAACGUUACAAUCUCAAACCUUACAACAGAAUCUACUGUGUUUUGUAAUGCAUGAUGAGCAUGACAGACACAGACUCGGACAGCGUUCGACUUUCUGCAAUACAAAUUUCGCCAGAUCAUUGUAGUGCGGAUCGGGACUCCAGAACUUGUCAUGCGCAAUCCUAUGAGAGUAGGCUAGAUCGUGCACUUCUUGCAACACAAAUUCCAGAUUCUAUUGUAACGCUUGAGAUUGAUGUAACAGCUGAGCAGGUUAUAUACGACGUGCUAUCCGGAGUCGCCAGUAUCGACCAGCAGGAGUGUUCCAGAUUGGCUCCCGAAUCUCUGUUAUGCAGUGCAAAAGUACCGCACGACUCGUAUAAAUGCAUUACAAAUUGAACAAAUUUCCUCAGGAUGAGAAAUAAAAUUUGUAAUGCUGCUUUACCUUAAGAAAAAGAUUUGUAAUGCAUGAUUGCAAUACGAGUGCGAUGCUUUUGCACUGCAUAUCUGUCCGGCACCAACGCCGAGGAUGCGCUGUCCGGGAAGCCUUUCACCAAGCAGGAUUUAAAUUUGUGGGAGGAGGAGUUGUUGUCCUACUUGCAGUGCUAUGAACUGCAAAAGUAUCGUACUCGUAUAAAUGCAUUACAAAUUUCCUCAGCAUGAGAAAUAAAAUUUGUAAUGCGGAUUUUCUUUAAGAACAAGAUUUGUAAUGCAUGACUGCACUACGAAUACGAUACUGUUGCACAGGAUAAGUGCUGCAGGCGAAAAUCGGAGGCGAUAAAUUCCUGGCUGCGGAUAUCCUGUGUAAAAACGUCCCAACCCCAGAGUUGUUUUGCAAAUCUGCAUGCUUAAAAUGUUUCUCAUGCGGAGAGGACACAUCAGAGGCGUUUUCUAGUGGUCAUUUAUUGGGACUUGUCAUGCUCGAUUCAGCAUGACAAACUGGAUCUGUGAUGCUGAUGCACUAGCUAAAGGCCACUAUUGCGACGAGCCCAAAGUUGUCAUGCGCGACAGCCAAAGCUUAGGGAUUUGUGUAGCAGGUUUUCCAUCUUGACUAUGGGGUUUGGACGUUUUUCGACACAAUAGCGGAAACUGCAGCGGGACGUGAUUGACCGAGUGGAGUCGCUCGCGGGACAGUGCAAGACUCUGCAAAUGACCCCGACGCUGGACAGUGACAGCUUCGACAUUGCCGUGUCAAAUAUGAACUGCAAAGUAUCGUACUCGUAGUAAUAAAUUGCAGUCAUGCACUACAAAUCUCUUUUCCAAGGCAAAUCUGCAUUACAAACUUUACUUCUCAUGGUCAGGAAAUUUGUCAUGCGAUUUCUACUAGUGCGAUAGACUUUUGCAAGUCAUUUCAAAAACAGAGGAGCAACUGACCAGGGUGGAGCAGGAAGAUCUGGUCGGGAUACACCAAGAGCUGUAUGAAAUCGUAAAAAUCUUUCACGACCACGACGACCUUGUCCCGAUCGCUAUAAUUUGUGAUGCGAAAUAAAACCACAUUCAUGACAAUUUUGCCUUUGCGCAUUUUGCAUUACAGCUGGCGAGGAUCCUGGUGGUGGUCGUGGUUCUGGUUUUGCAAAGGAUAAGGUGAUUGACGUCUCUACCAGCGCGGACUGGUCUAACACGGAAAUGUCGCAGGCCUACAUGAAGUUAACGGAGACAAGGGAGUCGGACCUGCUAAUUCAGGACUCUACCGGGGAAUCAAACAGUUUCCUCGGGUACCUCGUGAAGAACUAUCCUGUGCAAAAGUAUCGUACUCGUAGUAUUAAUCGCAGUUAUGCAUUACAAAUCGAGUUAGUUAGGUAAAUCCGCACUACAAAUUUCAUUUGUGAUGCUAAGUCAAUUUGUGUUGCGAUUUAUGCUAGUACGACGCGACAAGUUUUGCACUGCAGAACAACAAAAACUUGCUGAUUCUGCUCAUUCUCCUCUUCAUCGCAAUGUGUGCGUUGCUGCUCUGUGUCAUGACGCCGAAGGGGUUCGAGGGCGGUGGCGGUUCUUUCGGUAGUUUUGGAGUCGGGAAUUGGAAUUACAGGAGUAGUAACUACGGGCAGCAGGCCCCCGCCCCUUCACUGCCCGUUGGCGCAGGUGGUGGCCCCCGCAAUGGGAAUUAUGGCGGGGCGGUGGUUUCAAUGGCAACUGCUCCAGGUGGAUCCGCACAAAUCCUGCAGCCCGCGCAGCAGCAAGCUGUCUUGCAGCAGCUCUCGCAACCGAUGCAGUUGGCCGCUCAACAGCAGCAGCAGGCGCAGCUACCAACUGCAGGAGUUGUUGUAGGCACUGGACAGCAAGGAACAGUGGCACAACAGAUGCAGAACAGCCAGCAAGUUGGUACUAGUACUGAGGCAGUUGCCGUCGUACCUGGGGGAGCUGGUCGUGGUGGACCUGCAGUUCUUCCCGCUAGUACGCAGUCUGUGAUGGAGUCUUCUCCGGAUCUGUAAAUGAUUGGAGGAUGUGCGAACUAAUUCAACUCCAUCUCACAAGUUCCACAUCGAGUCGCUAACUGGUUCAGGAGCUGUAAGCUAGUAUUUUUCCACAGCAAUUAUACUCCGAGAAGGUGUAGGGCGCAAAUUUUGUGGCGGCGACCUUGAGUUUGAUGUUUCAAAAACUAGAAGAACUGAUGGCGUUUCCUUUUAUUGGAGAGAUGUAUGCUCCUGCACUUACGGAGCAUCAUCAUCAGAAUGAAAUAAAUGCAAGAUGUCAUCUGCGCGAUCAAGGCGUCAGAAAAAAGAAUAUCAAUGGAAACGUUUCAGAAGAUUCCGUUAUUGAACAU